GAGCUUUCAAUAUGGCGGACAGGGACAAGAUGGCGAAGUACCGGACGGAGAUCCAGCAGAUGAUGUUUGUCUCCGGCGAGACCGGCGAGCCCGCUCCUGAAACAACCACCCUGAUCGAAUUCAUCGUGCAAGACCAAGUACAACACAUGCUCCGCGAAUGCACCUCCCUCGCCACCCGGCGCGGCAGCAAAUCCAUCUCCACGGACGACCUGUUCAUGCUAAUCCGACACGACCGCGCCAAAAUCUCGCGCCUCCGCCACUUCCUGCAGUGGAAAGACGUGCGCCGCUCGGUCAAAGACAGCGACGACAAAGGCGGCGACGCAGGCGCCGACGUGGGCACCGGCGACGCCGACCUCGCCGCGGGCGUCAUGGGCAGCGGGCCCAGCGGCCCCGGGCCCGAGGCCGGCAAGAAAGCAAAGCGCGCCAAAGUCGAUCUGGUGUGGGACGUGCACAGCUUCUUCACCGAGUUCCCGCCGCAGAAGGACGACGUCGAGGACGAGGAGGAGGAGGAGAUGAACUUUGCCACGCUGCAGCGCCUCAAGAACGCGGACGAGCGCACCAAGAACAUGACGCGUGAGGAGUAUGUGCACUGGUCUGAUUGUCGCCAGGCGUCGUUUACGUAUCGCAAGGGCAAGCGGUUCAAGGAAUGGGCGGGCUUUGGGCUGAUUACAGACUCGAAGCCUAGUGACGAUAUCAUUGAUAUCCUCGGCUUUCUGACUUUUGAGAUUGUGCAGACGCUGACCGAGGAGGCGCUCAAGGUCAAGGAUGCGGAGGAUACGUAUAAGAAGAGCACGGGCGGCGAGCAGAACAGACUAAAGAGGAAGCGAGAGAGAGGUCUGUUUGAUCCGCCUGAGGAGGCGAGAGAGCCUGUGCAGCCCAGCCAUGUGCAGGAAGGAUACAGGAGGUUGCAAAGAGGGAACAACAAGAGCAGGGCUAUGUUGAACUUCACGAGGAACAUGCAUCGGGCAGCAUUGAGACUGAUCUGA